UUCAUUGGAAAGUCUUAUACCAUCAACUCACAACAGUAUGCUGUCGAAGAAGUCAUUGCAGAAGGUGGUUUCGCCAUAGUAUUUCUGGUGAAGGCGAGCAAGACGAACAAGAGAUAUGCACUGAAGAGAAUGUAUGUCAACAAUGAACAGGACCUGGCUGUGUAUAAGAGGGAGAUACAAAUUUAUAGCUGUCUGUCUGGUCACAAAAAUAUCACAACGUAUAUCGACUCGAGUUUAACGAAGAUAUCAAAUAACAUUUACGAGGUUUUAAUUCUUAUGAAGUAUUACAAAGGUUCUUUAGUAAACCAGAUGAACGAAAAGAUGUCUCAGCAAUGUAGCUACACUGAAAAAGAACUCUUUAAGAUAUUCGCAGACCUAUGUGAGGCCGUCUCUAGACUGCAUCAUUGCCAAACACCCAUCAUACAUAGAGAUCUUAAGGCCGAGAACAUCUUGAUAGAUGAUGAUGGUACGUACAUGCUGUGCGAUUUCGGUAGUGCCACGUCAAAAUUUUAUGAGCCCAUCAAAGUCGGGGUUCAACUCGUCGAAGAUGAGCUGGCUAAGUACACAACUCUGCCGUACAGGUCGCCUGAAAUGGUUGACCUUUACUGUGGCAAGGUCAUUUCUACCAAGGCCGACAUCUGGGCACUUGGUGUACUCUUCUUCAGACUCUGUUACUACAGCAAUCCAUUCAACGACAGUGUCCUGGCCAUUCAGAGUGGCAACUACAGCCUGCCGGAUCCCAAAAAGUAUUCUAAUGAUGUCGUCGGCCUCUUAAGGUACAUGCUGACGGUGGAUCCAGACCAACGACCGGACAUCUUUCAAGUAUCCUACCUCGUUUUCAAAACAUUGGCAGUCCCGUGUCCAGUUCAAAACUUA